UAUGUACGCUAACAUCCCAUUCGACGCACAGGUUUCGGUUGUCCCUACCCGCCUUCCCUUUCUUAUAACUUUCGAGAGAGCGUUUUAAAUUGCUCAACUGGACUCCUCCCACGCGCACCCGUAGCAACCCUGGUGUUCCUCCUAUGUUCUGGUCAAAGCGGUUCAACGCGCGAAUCCAGUCAACUACUGUAGUCCUAUCCCUCAUCUCUCUUUCAAAAACGGAAAAGGAAGACGAUAUUACAUUGAAAUAAUGACCACCGCUGCAGGUAAAGAAAUGUUCAACUGAAACUCCGAAUGAUUGUGCUAGAAGUGAACAGGUAGGCUAUGACGCCAGUGUGGAAACAACGGUUCGGAUGCGGUUACGCGGCGCCAGGAACGAGAUGGAGAGCGGCAUGUCAGUCAAGAGAUUCCUCCCUCUCUAAACGUAUGGGGGGUAUUCCUCACCCUCAGGCCUGGCCCUCUCUCCCCCUCCCCCACCUUGAUCCCCUCCCUCCAGCCACUAGGACACAUCUCCCUAGUCCUUUUCCAGUCUUCCACACUCGUCAUGCUGAGCAGAGUGCCGAGCGACCACGCUUGGUUACUGUGGUCCGACCAUGCGGUCACAGCACCCUCAGGAAGGUGACAUUGCUGUUGAAUCGUAGGAGCGUGGUCUCGUACGAGCAGCUUCUAUUGGACGUCUCCGAGGCGCUGGGGUUCCCUCGCUGGCACAGGGCCAGAGUCACACGCCUCUACACACCACACGCACGAGAGGUGCGGGGUGUGUGUGAUUUCUUCCGUGGCGAAGCAGCGUUCCUGGCAUUGGGAAAGUCUCGUCCAGAGCUCCGGAGUGUCGAGGAGGCCCUGGAGGAGCUGUUUCCACAGCAUUCCUGUUACCGUAACAACGCACUCCAGGCCUGGGAGAGGAGGUUACAACCUUCACCUAAUAAAGCUGCCAAGGCCGACAGCGGAUACAGCGAGGGGACAGACAUACACACACACCCUGACAAGGAUACACACACAAGCCUCGACACGAACACACAGACAUACAGUGUUACAUACACACAGGGAUGCAACCUGGACACACACACACAUACACACCAAGACACACUGACACAACCCAAUACACACCCCAAAACACUGACACACCACAAUACACACCCAAACAGGCACUCCACACACAAAAACAAACACCCAACUAGACAGCCCAUACACCCUAUUCACACACACCUCGACACGGAUGCGCACACACAUAGACACCCUAACACGCAUUCUAACCAACACGCCACACACCCCUCUCACCCCCCCAAUCACCUUCAGAGGGUCAAAGGGAAAGUUGCAGCCAGAGAGAUUCUCUCCUCACCGAUAGGUCCCCCCACCCAGGAGGAGGAGCUAGGAGAGGAACUAGACACGCCCCCUACUCCACUCUGCAGGAACUGUAAGCCUUCUGAAGGACCCAAUCCGAGAGCAGGGAGGGCUCCACUUCCUCCCGUAACCAGGAAGCAAACAGGAAACGGACCAAACGACAAGGAAGUAGAGAAACCUCACGUCGGUCCCACCCCACUCCACACUGGACCAAUCUGCAGGCUUGAUGAGGAGUCCCUCAGCCACUCAGAACCUUCAUCCUCAGAGUCUAAACAGGAAGAGGCGAGGACUAAACAGGAAGUGAUAUUUGACCUCCCAUCUGAUGGUAGUGAUGUCACCCUGUCAGACAUUGAGCGUUGCUAUGACAUUGGCCGCAUGGUCGGAGACGGGAACUUUGCUGUUGUGCACGAGUGUCAUCGGCGCGCCAAUGGGGAACCCUUCGCUGUGAAGAUUGUGGAGCACUCAAAGCUCAUUGGCCGAGAGCACAUGAUGCAGAAUGAGCUGAGCCUUCUGGGUAGCCUGUCACACCCCCGCGUGGUUCGCCUCUUCACACACCACCACACACACACACACUCCUAUCUUGUCAUGGAGAUGGUUGCCGGGGGCGACCUGUUUGAGGCAAUCGCGGUCCGUGGGAAGUUUCCAGAAGAGGAGGCAGGGCUGAUGGUGUGUGAUGUCAGCGAGGCUCUGAGAUACAUCCACAGCAAGACCAUAGUACAUAGAGAUCUGAAACCUGAAAACCUACUGGUGGAAUGCAGUAGUGAUGGCGUCAGUAGGUUGAAGCUGGGUGAUUUUGGUCUGGCCAUGGUUGUAACAGAACCCAUCUUCACUGUGUGUGGAACUCCCACCUAUGUCGCCCCGGAGAUCCUCUCGGAGACAGGGUAUGGUCUGCCAGUAGACCUGUGGGCAUUGGGAGUGAUACUGUACAUCCUUCUCUGUGGGUUCCCUCCGUUCCGAAGCAGAGACCGAGACCAAGGGGAGCUGUUCCAGAUGAUCAGAGAGGCUCACCUCACCUUCCUGUCACCUUACUGGGAUGACAUCUCAGACGGAGCGCGAGGCCUGGUGAGAGCCUUGCUGCAGGUGGAUUCAACAGAAAGACUGACGGCAGCUCAGACUCUUAUGCACCCCUGGAUUCAGACCACUACUGACCAGUACAGACCAACACAGACCACUACUGACCAGUACAGACCAACACAGACCACUACUGACCAGCAGAGCCCAGCACAGCUGAGCAAAGGCCAACACAGACAUGAACCGAUCAGUGCAAACCAGCAGAGCCCAGCAAAGACCAGCACAGAACACUACAGACCAGUACCAACCCCAGACCAACAGCGACCACCACACCCAAUCCCCCCAGCGCACCACCCACCCACCCAGCCAGCCCCAUCUCCUCACUCCAGCACCCAGCCAGCCCCAUCUCCUCACUCCAGCACCCAGCCAGCCCCAUCUCCUUACUCCACCACCCAGCCAGCCCCAUCUCCUCACUCCAGCACCCAGCCAGCCCCAUCUCCUUACUCCACCACCCAGCCAGCCCCAUCUCCUCACUCCACCACCCAGCCAGCCCCAUCUCCUCACUCCACCACCCAGCCAGCCCCAUCUCCUCACUCCACCACCCAGCCAGCCCCAUCUCCUCACUCCACCACCCAGCCAGCCCCAUCUCUUCACUCCACCCCCCAGCAGGACCCAUCAACUGCUCCUCAGCCCCCCGGCAGUAGCACCUCUCAACCGCCCCACCCAAUUUCCCCACCCUCCAUCCUAUCCACAGCAACAUCCAAACCCGAAUACCCACCCAGUCCCAGUCCCAGCACGCAGUGUCCCACCCCUCAACAGCAACACCCAAGCCCCACUUCCCCUCAACCCUUCCUCCUGAAUGAUGGGGUUCCUGAAACUUGAAACGCUUCUCCAGGAAUUGAAAAGAUCUGUUAUUCUGCACAGACCCUGUUCAGGAUCUGGAACUCACCAAUUGUCAUACACUGAUGUUCAGUUCCAUUCCAAUAAAAUAGUCAUCAACAACUUUACCAUGUAGUAUUUAGUUCAGUAGAUUAUCUAGCAUAACAGAUAACUCUAAUAGUUUCAAUACAUGUUUUUUUCUGACAACGUGUGUAUUACACACACUUCCCCUUUG